AUUCUUUCUAUUCCUCUUGAGUUGACUUUUCUUCCUUCCUUUCUUCGCUUCCUCCAAUGCCCGAGGGCUUGCAAACAAGCUCUACCUGCAGCACCUUUUGCCCGGCGCGGAGAAAGCAAGGUAGGGAAGGAGAGACAAAAAAAAAGGGGUUCCCCCGAGCCUGCGAGCACCUGGGCGGGGCGCAAAGCCGCGCGCGCGCUCUCGCCGCGAUCCAAAGCGGUGACGCGCCCAGGAAAGAAGUGACCAAAUUCGUCGGUUUCCUUCCCGGCGCUGCGAUUCCUAUCUUGGCCUGUUGCGCAAAAAAAACCCCCAGGGAGCGGCCGGCUCGGAUCCAGCGGCGUCCACGAAGGGCAAAACACUCGCGGGGCUCCACGCGCGACGCUUUGAGCCAUGCCUUUCCGGAAAGUAUGUGGUCCGCAGCUCACCAAUUCCCCCACUGUAAUUGUGAUGGUUGGACUGCCGGCUCGCGGGAAAACCUACAUUUCCAAAAAACUCACCCGCUACCUCAACUGGAUUGGCGUGCCGACGAAAGACAGUGUGCCUUAAGUGCCUUGAGAGACGUCAAACUCUACCUGUCUGAGGAAGGUGGACAGAUUGCAGUUUUUGACGCCACCAACACAACCCGCGAGCGAAGAUCCAUGGUCUUGCAUUUUGCCAAAGAAAACGGAUACAAAGUGUUCUUCAUUGAGUCCGUCUGCAACGACCCGACUGUGGUUGCGAGCAACAUCAUGGAAGUCAAACUGUCCAGCCCAGAUUAUAAAGACUGCAACUCAACGGAUGCCAUGGAAGAUUUCAUGAAGAGAAUCAGCUGCUAUCAAUCCAGUUACCAGCCUCUAGAUCCGGACGGAUACGACAGAGAGUUGUCGCUCAUCAAAGUGAUCGACGUCGGUCGAAGGUACCUGGUCAACAAGGUCCAGGAUCACAUCCAAAGUCGGAUUGUCUACUACCUGAUGAACAUCCACGUGCAGCCACGGACUAUCUACUUGUGUCGUCACGGCGAGAGCGAAUUCAACCUCAAAGGGAAGAUCGGGGGCGACUCGGGGCUCUCCAGCCGAGGGAAGAAGUUUGCCAGCGAGCUGAACAAUUUUGUCAAGGAGCAAAACCUGAAGGAUCUCAGAGUCUGGACCAGCCAUCUAAAGAGGACAAUCCAGACGGCAGAAGCUCUUGACCUGCCCUAUGAGCAGUGGAAGGCUUUGAAUGAAAUUGAUGCUGGUGUGUGUGAAGAUAUGACUUACGAUGAAAUCAAGGAAAAGUAUCCGGAAGAAUUUGCUCUACGCGACCAAGACAAAUAUUAUUACCGCUAUCCAUCCGGAGAGUCCUAUCAAGAUCUGGUGCAGAGACUAGAACCGGUCAUCAUGGAGCUGGAAAGACAGGAAAAUGUCCUCGUGAUUUGUCAUCAGGCCGUCAUGCGUUGCCUGUUGGCUUAUUUCCUCGACAAAAGCGCAGAAGAAAUGCCCUAUCUGAAAUGUCCUCUCCAUACAGUCCUGAAGCUGAGUCCUGUAGCUUACGGUUGCCGAGUGGAGUCCAUCUAUUUGAACGUUGAAGCUGUGAAUACUCACCGAGACAGGCCAGAGGAUGCAAAGAAGGGACCACACGCGCUCAUGAGGCGUAAUAGCGUGGUCCCUCUGGCCAGUCCAGAACCCGUCAAAAAACCUCGCAUGAACAGAUUUGAGGAACAUGCCGCUGCUUCGGCCGCCUUACCAGUCCAUACCUGCCUCUCUCCCGAAGGCCCCGUCCAGCUUCCCGGACAAAGCCAUUACUGGGGAAGGCUUGCCUAACCUGAACCCACCACACAGCCAACCUUGAGGAUCUCUUUCGGCGGGACACAUCGGGAACCGCGGGUGGAAGCCAAGCGCCACGCCCAUCAUUCAUCUCCAAAACUUGCAGCCUGCUCCACAACAUCUCCGUUCCGACUCCAGUUGAUUUGUUGAUGAUCUCCAUCGCUGGUUUUUAUCUUGCCUUCUUGGACUUAAGAAAAAUGGAGCGGCGGAAGGAGGAAACAACCAGAGAGAGAAAGAAAGAAAGA